AUGUUCAUAAAAAUUUCUCAAUUUCGAUUUUCUUCAACAAUUUUUGACUUAAAAGGAGAGCCAAUCUAAUUUCUGAAACCUAAAUAUGUGAGUAAUUAUCCACAAGACUUAUUUAGAGUCAAAUGGCUUCAGAAAUUUUCUAUAAAAUGAUUAGUAUAGAAGGUAAAUUCGAGAAAAAUAAUAUUGAUAAUUUCCUUCAGUUAAAAUAACGUGAAUAAGAAUUAAAUAAAAUUAAAAGAAAAGAGGUAAAUUAAUCAUUCAUAUUGCUUAGUUUUUAAUUAUAGGUAAAUUUAUUUAAGAUUUUACAUUUUUUAGGAAGAUCAAAUGUAGGAAAAUCAAGUUUAUUAAAUGCUUUAUUAGGAAGAAAUAUUGCUGAAACUUCAAAUUAUCCUGGGAAAACUAGAUCGUUAGAUUUUUAUAAUUUAGGCUAAUCUAAGGUGAUUGUUGAUUCUCCUGGUUAUGGUUUUGCAAAAGGAAAUAAAAAAGAUGUUUAAAAUUGGGGAUAUCUUAUGCAAUAUUAUAUUAAAAAUAGCCCUUUUUUAAAAUAAUCAUAUGUUUUAAUAGAUGGUGAACAUGGGUAAAUAUAUAUUUUAAUUAUUAUCAGAUUUAAAGAUGUUGAUUCUAUGACAUUAUAAUUAAUGUAAAGUUUAGAAAAACCAUUUACAAUUGUUUUUACAAAAUGUGAUAAAAUUUCAAAAAUUGAUGAAUUAGUUUAAAAAAGUAGAGAAAAAUUAGAUAAACAUAUCUAUUCAUCAUAAGUUCUUCACUUUACCAGCGUGAGGUAAUUUCAAUUAUAUAAUUUAUAAGAAACAGAACUGGAUUAUUAGAAUUGUAAUAAAGUAUAGCCUUUUAUUGUGAAUGA